GCAUGCAUGCUAGUACAUGAAAAAUUUUAAAAUCACAAAUAAGUAACCUUUAUCAUAUUUUCACUCACUCCUCAAUCCCCAUACAAAGCAUGAGAACACAUUAACUAUAACAACAUUGUUUGUUCCCAUAACAACUUCAUCUUCAUCCAAUGAUGAUGAACUCUAUCAUCAUCUUCUUCUUCUUCUUCCUCUUUCUCACCAUCUACAUUGUACCAUGUUUAUCCUAUAAUGACACACAUGCACUUACUCUCUUCCGUCAACAAACCGACACUCACGGCCAACUCCUCGCCAACUGGACCGGACACGAUGCAUGCUCGGGUACAUGGCACGGCGUUGUUUGCUCCCCAAACAACCGUGUCACCACUCUCACACUUCAUUCCCUCAACCUUCGAGGACCCAUCGACGCUCUCGCUCCUCUCACUCAUCUUCGCCUCCUUGAUCUCCAUAAUAACCGUCUAAACGGUAACGUUUCAGCUUCUGUCCUUUCCAACUGCACCAAUCUUAAACUCCUCUACCUCGCCGGAAACGACUUCUCCGGUCAAAUCCCAUCUGAAAUCUCCUCCUUGAUUAACCUCCUCCGUCUCGACCUCUCCGAUAACAACCUCGCCGGAGAAAUUCCCAAUGAAAUCUCCCGUUUGACUAGCCUCCUCACUCUGAGGCUUCAGAACAACGCACUCUCCGGUAACAUCCCGGAUAUCUCCUCCGCCAUGCCGAAUCUCACAGAACUCAACAUGACAAACAACGAAUUCUACGGCCAUAUACCAAACUCAAUGCUAGCGAAAUUCAGUGACGAAAGCUUCUCUGGUAACGAAGGUUUAUGCGGUUCAAAACCGUUUCAAGUUUGCUCCUCCACGGAGAAAACUCCUCCUUCAUCUGAACCGGUUCAGACCGUCCCUUCAAACCCGAGUACUUUCCCUGAAACAAGCGUUAUCGCAAGACCAAGAAGCCAUCACCGUAAAGGGUUAAGCCCUGGCGCAAUUGUAGCCAUUGUGGUAGCAAACUGUGUUGCAUUGUUAGUUAUAACAUCGUUCGUUGUUGCUCACUGUUGUGCUAAAGGGAGAGGUGUUAAUAGUAAUUCCAUAAUGGGUAGUGAGACUGGAAAUGGAAAGAGGAAAAGUUAUGGUAGUGAAAAGAAGGUGUAUAAUACAAAUGGUGGAGGUGGUGAUAGUAGUGAUGGGACUAGUGGAACUGAUAUGAGUAAGCUUGUGUUUUUUGAUAGAAGGAAUGGAUUUGAGUUGGAGGAUCUGUUACGUGCUUCUGCUGAGAUGCUUGGGAAGGGAAGUUUAGGAACUGUUUAUAGAGCAGUGCUUGAUGAUGGUAGUACAGUUGCUGUUAAGAGGUUAAAAGAUGCAAAUCCAUGUGCUAGGCAUGAGUUUGAGCAGUAUAUGGAUGUGAUUGGGAAGCUUAAACAUCCCAAUAUUGUUAAACUAAGAGCUUAUUAUUAUGCCAAGGAAGAAAAACUUCUUGUCUAUGAUUAUCUCUCCAAUGGAAGCUUGCAUGCUCUUCUUCAUGGGAACCGUGGACCGGGGAGGAUUCCGUUGGAUUGGACGACAAGAAUAAGCUUGGUGUUAGGAGCAGCAAGAGGGCUUGCUAGGAUUCAUACAGAGUAUAGUGCAGCAAAAGUGCCUCAUGGGAACGUGAAAUCGUCCAAUGUACUACUUGACAAGAACGGUGUUGCUUGCAUAUCUGAUUUUGGACUAUCACUACUGUUGAACCCUGUUCAUGCAAUUGCAAGACUGGGAGGGUACAGAGCACCUGAACAAACAGAACAGAAAAGGCUGUCUCAGCAAGCUGAUGUAUACAGUUUUGGAGUGUUGCUGUUGGAAGUUCUCACAGGGAGAGCACCUUCGUUACAGUAUCCGUCUCCGGGGACUCGUCAUCGUAAAGAUGAAGAGGAAGAAAAUGUGGUGGAUCUACCGAAAUGGGUUCGAUCUGUUGUGAGAGAAGAGUGGACUGGAGAGGUUUUUGAUCAAGAACUUCUGAGGUACAAGAAUAUUGAGGAAGAGCUUGUGUCAAUGCUGCAUGUUGGUUUAGCUUGUGUGGCGCAGCAGCCAGAGAAGAGGCCAACUAUGGUAGAUGUUGUUAAGAUGAUUGAGGAUAUCAGGGUGGAGCAAUCUCCUCUGUGUGAGGACUAUGAUGAAUCGCGCAAUUCACUUUCACCUUCCAUUCCCACCACUGAAGAUGGUCUUGUUUAGGAAUUUUAGAGCAAUAUUUUCUGGUAUAUAAUAUAUAAGUGUGUAUGUCAUUCUAGUUCAGGAGGGAGGAGUAUUUAACUUAUCUUUGUUCCUCUUUCUGUUGCAUUGUGUUGCUGCAAAUUAGCUAGCGCUUUGAUCAUGUUAAGUGUUUUUUUUUUGUUUUUGUAAAAUUUGUGAGCUUUGUGGAACUUCAUUGUUGAACGUAGCAAAAAAAUGAGAAUCUUCCGCUUGCAUUUGUAAUAAAAUCUUGUCUGGUUGAAUUGUACCUGCACUAAAAUCUUGUCUGGUUG